GCGGGGCAAGAUGGCGGCGCUGCGCGCGGCGGGGGCGGGGGGCGGUGGGGGCCGGGGGGCGGUGGGACGCUGAGCCCGCCCCCUGCUGCUGCCAGUCUGCGCCGGGCGGCCGAACCCCGAACAUGGCGGCGGCGGCGGCAGCAGGCGGCUUCGGGCCCGAGCGGGAGGCCGAGCCGGCCAAGGAAGCGCGCGUCGUGGGCUCCGAGCUCGUGGAUACGUACACGGUUUACAUCAUCCAGGUCACAGAUGGCGGCCAUGAGUGGACAGUCAAGCACCGCUACAGUGAUUUCCAUGAGCUGCAUGAAAAGCUUGUCACCGAGAGAAAGAUUGAUAAAAACCUACUUCCGCCCAAGAAAAUCAUUGGGAAAAACUCCCGCAGCCUGGUGGAGAAGAGGGAGAAGGAUCUGGAGGUGUACCUGCAGACACUGCUGGCUGCCUUCCCUGGUGUAGCCCCCAGAGUGCUGGCCCACUUUCUGCAUUUUCACUUCUACGAGAUCAACGGCAUCACCGCAGCACUGGCUGAAGAGCUCUUUGAAAAAGGCGAGCAGCUCCUGGGGGCUGGUGAGGUCUUUGCCAUCCGGCCCCUGCAGCUCUACGCAGUCACCCAGCAGCUGCAGCAGGGAAAGCCCACGUGUGCCAGCGGGGAUGCCAAGACUGACCUGGGCCACAUCCUGGACUUCACCUGUCGCCUUAAGUAUCUUAAGGUUUCUGGCACAGAAGGGCCUUUUGGAACCAGCAACAUUCGGGAGCAGCUCCUGCCAUUUGAUUUGUCAAUCUUCAAGUCUCUACGUCAGGUGGAGAUAAGUCACUGUGAUGCCAAGCACAUCCGAGGGCUGGUCACCUCCAAGCCCAGCCUGGCUACGCUGAGCGUCCACUUCUCGGCCACCUCGAUGAAGGAAGUCCUUGUUCCUGAAGCCUCGGAGUUUGAGGAGUGGGAACCAGAAGGCGUAGGCCUGGAAGGCCCCGUGACUGCCAUCAUCCCCACCUGGCAAGCUCUGACCACCCUCGACCUGAGCCACAAUAGCAUCUCCAAGAUCGACGAGUCUGUGAAACUGAUCCCCAAGAUUGAGUUUCUGGACCUGAGUCACAAUGGGGUGCUGGUUGUGGACAAUCUACAGCACCUGUACAACCUAGUACACCUGGACCUGUCUUACAACAAGCUGUCCUCCUUGGAAGGCGUCCACACUAAACUGGGGAACAUCAAGACUCUCAACCUGGCGGGCAACCUGCUGGAGAGCCUGAGUGGCCUGCACAAGUUGUACUCGCUAGUCAACCUGGACCUCAGUGACAACCGAAUCGAGCAGAUGGAGGAGGUCACGAGCAUAGGCAGCCUGCCGUGUUUGGAGCGUGUGGCCCUGUUGAACAACCCCCUCACCAUCAUUCCCGACUACCGGACCAAGGUGUUGGCACAGUUCGGAGACAGGGCUUCUGAGGUCUGUCUGGAUAACACAGCGACCACAGAGAAGGAGCUGGACACUGUGGAAGUGCUGAAAGCAAUUCAGAAGGCCAAGGAGGUCAAGUCCAAACUGAACAACCCAGAGAAGAAGGUGGGUGAAGACCCCCGGCUCAGAUCCAGUGGUUCGCCUCCCACCAUGAUUCCUGCCUCUGCCUCUCUACCCCAGCCCAUCCUCUCCAACAAAGGAAUCAUGUUCGUGCAGGAGGAAGCCCUGGCUAGCAGCCUGUCAUCCACCGACAGCCUGACUCCCGAACACCGGCCCAUCGCCCGGGCAUGCUCUGACUCCCUGGAGUCCCUUCCUGCGGGACAGGCAGGUCCUGAUGAGCUCAGGGACACACCGGGAGCUGUUGGCGGUGCAAGUCCUGAGCACGCAGAGCCAGAGGUGCAGGUGGUGCCUGGGUCCGGCCAGCUCAUCUUCCUGCCCUUCACCUGCAUUGGCUACACGGCUACCAACCAGGACUUCAUCCAACGCCUGAGCACACUGAUCCGGCAGGCCAUUGAGCGGCAGCUGCCUGCCUGGAUUGAGGCCGCCAACCAGCGCGAUGAAGGCCAGGGUGAUGAGGAAGAGGAGGAAGAGGGCGAGCAGGAGGACGUGGCUGAGAAUCGUUACUUUGAAAUGGGGCCUCCUGAUGCCGAAGAGGAGGAGGAAGUGGAGGAGCGUGGCCAGGGGGAUGAGGAGGAGGAAGAUGAGGAGGAGACUGAAGCUGAGGAGGCACGCCUGGCUCUGGAAUGGGCCCUGGGUGCAGAUGAAGACUUCCUGCUGGAGCACAUCCGCGUCCUCCGGGUGCUGUGGUGCUUCCUGAUCCACGUGCAGGGCAGUAUCCGCCAGUUCGCCGCCUGCCUUGUGCUCACAGACUUUGGCGUGGCUGUCUUCGAGAUCCCACAUCAGGAGUCCCGAGGCAGCAGCCAACACAUCCUCUCAUCCCUGCGCUUCGUCUUCUGCUUCCCGCAUGGUGACCUCACCGAGUUCGGCUUCCUCAUGCCGGAGCUGUGCCUGGUGCUGAAGGUGCGGCACAGUGAGAACACUCUCUUCAUCAUCUCGGACGCCGCCAGCCUGCACGACUUCCAUGCCGACCUGCGCGCCUGCUUUGCCCCGCAGCACAUGGCCAUGCUCCGCAGCCCCGUGCUCUAUGGCAGCCACACCAGCUUGCAGGAGUUCCUGCGCCAGCUGCUCACCUUCUACCAGGUGGCUGGCGGCUGCCAGGAGCGCAGCCAGGGCUGCUUCCCAGUGUACCUGGUCUAUAGCGACAAGCGCAUGGUGCAGACCGCCGCCGGGGACUACUCGGGCAACAUCGAGUGGGCCAGCUGCACACUCUGCUCUGCUGUGCGCCGCUCCUGCUGUGCGCCUUCCGAGGCUGUCAAGUCUGCCGCCAUCCCCUACUGGCUGCUGCUCACGCCCCAGCAUCUCAACGUCAUCAAGGCUGACUUCAACCCCAUGCCCAACCGUGGCACUCACAACUGCCGCAACCGCAACAGCUUCAAACUGAGCCGUGUGCCACUCUCCACAGUGCUGCUGGACCCCACGCGCAGCUGCACCCAGCCUCGUGGGGCCUUCGCCGACGGCCACGUCCUCGAGCUGCUCGUGGGCUACCGCUUUGUCACUGCCAUCUUCGUGCUGCCCCAUGAGAAGUUCCACUUCCUGCGCAUCUACAACCAGCUACGAGCCUCGCUGCAGGACCUGAAGACCGUGGUCAUUGCCAAGAGCCCCACUACAGGGGCCAGCUCCCCGAACCCCCAGGGGGAUGACCAGCCUGCUCAGGGCAGGGCCAGCAAUGACCGGCAGCCCCAGGAAGCCCCAGCAGAAGCUCCAGCUCCAGUGUUGGCCACAGCCCCAACUGCAGCCACAGCUGCUGCUCCAGUUCCAGGGGAGAAGGCUGAGAGCCCUGCCCAGUACCCAAGCGAGCGCCUAAUCCAGUCCACCUCGGAGGAGAACCAGAUCCCCUCGCACCUGCCUGUGUGCCCAGCGCUCCAGCACAUUGCCAGCCUGUCAGGGCGUGCCGUCAUCGAGCUCUUCCACAGCAGCAUUGCCGAGGUAGAGAACGAGGAGCUGAGGCACCUGCUGUGGUCAUCCGUGCUGUUCUACCAGACGCCCGGACUGGAGGUGACUGCCUGCGUGUUCCUCUCCACCAAGGCCGUGUACUUCGUGCUGCACGACGGCCUCCGCCGCUACUUCUCGGAGCCACUGCAGGAUUUCUGGCAUCAGAAAAACACUGACUACAACAACAGCCCCUUCCACAUCUCCCAGUGCUUUGUACUGCGGCUCAGCGACCUGCAGUCUGUCAACGUGGGGCUUUUUGACCAGCAUUUCCGACUGACGGGCUCCUCCCCGAUGCAGGCUGUCACCUGCCUGACCAGGGACAGCUACCUGACCCACUGCUUCCUUCAGCACCUCAUGGGUGCUCUCUCCUCACUGGAACGCACGCCUGAGCCUGAGCCCGUCGACAAAGACUUCUACUCUGAGUUUGGGAACAAGACCACAGGCAAAAUGGAGAACUAUGAGCUGAUCCACUCGAGCCGUGUCAAGUUCACUUACCCCAGUGAGGAGGAGGUUGGGGACCUGACAUUCAUCGUGGCCCAGAAGACAGCUGAGCCCGAGAAGGCUGAGGACCUCAGCAUUCUGCUGUAUGUGCAAGCCUUCCAGGUGGGCCCCCUGCCCCCCGGGCGCUGCCGGAGCCCCCUGCGCCCCAAGACCCUGCUGCUAACCAGUGCAGAGAUCUUCCUCCUGGAUGAGGACUGCAUCCACUACCCACUGCCAGAGUUUGCCAGGGAGCCACCACACAGGGACAGGUACCGGCUGGAGGACGGCCGCCGCAUCCGGGACCUGGACCGUGUGCUCAUGGGCUACCAGACCUACCCACAGGCCCUCACCCUCAUCUUUGAUGACGUGCAGGGACAUGACCUCAUGGGCAGUGUGACUCUAGACCACUUUGGGGUGGAGUCCAGUGGCCCGACCAGGGUUGGCCAGGGCCGGGAGGUCCAGUGGCAGGUGUUUGUCCCCAGCGCUGAGAGCCGAGAGAAGCUAAUCUCGCUGCUGGCCCGCCAGUGGGAGGCCCUUUGCGGCCGAGAGCUGCCCGUUGAACUCACGGGCUAGUUCGGGCAGCAGCUGCCUGCACUUGUCCUGCCUGGAGCCUCCAUGGGGCAAGGAGGCAAGCUUUUCUCAUUCCUCUAGAAAUGACGUCACUUCCCUUUGGGUACCUCGUCAAGAAUGUGAAUGUUGUUAGUGGCGUGGCUGGCACCCCAUGUGGCCGUGGUCACCUGGUGCCGUGUCUUGUGACUUCGUGUGAACACGUGGCGCUGUGGCUGUGAGCGACUUCCUCACGUCCUUUCCUAAAGUGUCUAGUCCAGUCCUUCGCUGCCGCUGCUGUCAUUGUGAAUGUUUGCUGCUAAUGACGCUGGGAGCAGAAUGCACAUAGGCGCUGCCACUCGCCUAGUCUCUUGAGGCGUAGGCCUCCCCCAGUCCAGAUAUGGGGGAGAGCCCUGGGAGACAGGAGCCCACCCCGCCUUCCUGGCCUGGGGGCUGAGAGGGGUGGGAGCAGGGGACCCGGAGCUGCCAGCACCCAGUCUGACUCUUGUGGCCUAUUUUGUGUGUCCCAAUAAAGCAGAUUUGACACAA